AUGGCUUGUGAUGGAGAAAUACUAGUAAGUUUAGUGGAAAUAAGACCAUCCAUUUAUGAUUUUGGAGACAAGGACCAUAGCAAUCGAAUUGUGCAAGACAAGUUAUGGGAAGAAAUAAGUAAAGAAAUGAAUGUUGAUGUGUCGGUAUGCAAAAGUAAGUGGACUAGUCUUCGUAAUUCAUUUGCAAGGGAACUUCGUGAACUCAAAAAUUAA